GUGAGCCCCACCUGGUUGCCGCCUAAAAUGCUGGAGACACCUGGUUGAAACGAGAUGUCUUGGACAGGGAGGGCUCUUGGCCAUUUCAUACCUUGGACAUGCUGAAGGGUUGGUCCAAGAUGUCGACUGAACGAACAGCAGCCCCAGUACCCGGCAUCUCAUCACGCAGAUUUGCUUGUGACAGAUGCCGGGUGCAGAAGGCAAGAUGUCUUCGAGAGCAUGCAGACCAGACAAGGUGUGAUCGAUGCAUCCGCGCGGAUGCCGACUGUGUUACCAGCCCGAUGAGCCGGCGACGCAGCUGGCAAAUCAUCGCCUACGACAGCCCAAACGUGCCUAUGCUUGGCGACGGCACCAAGAAACGCCAACGUCGAGGACAGCAGGAGGAAGACUUGACGACUCCCAGCGAGUCCAGCGGUACUUUCGGUACGCAAUUUGCGAACAGCAGUCACAGCGGAAGCCCAUUCUACAGCGACCAGUCCGCUGCUUUGACGAAUCCUAGCAACAUUCUACCUCGAACCCUGCCAGAAUCUUCGGCACAACAUGCGGCAGGGAAUGUUCUGGGAUUCGAGGGCAUUUUCUCUCAACCUGCAGAGACUUCACUCGAGUAUAUCCAAGGCAGCCUUGGUCUUUCUGAUGACUUCUUUAUGCCAGAAGCGCUGUCCGCAGCCCAGCCCGGUCCACACAUUCCGUCUGGUCUAUCUCGCGACUAUCUGAAUCCCAUAAGAGCCGCAGGCCCGCAUAUCGCUGACCCCAGUUCAACAUCCAACGAACCGACCCCAGAAUCUGGAUUGGACGAAACUCCUGAUAGCAGGACCAGCGGCGAAACUCCCCAGCAAGAUGCAGGUAGUCCUCUUCAGCAACUUUCCAGGCUCGAUUAUGAGCUUGUCACUCUCUUAACUGUCCUCGACAAGGGUCGCACUCAUGUCACAAUGGACACCCUCAUCUCCCCCAUCGACGAAUCCAAAUCCUCGAAGCCUGCAGUGGAUGAAAUACUGAACAGAACGCGAGAGUUCGUUGACGUGCUGGAGGCUUUUUCUGGGCCAGCCUCAUCUGCCGCGCCUCGAAUGUCCCAAAACUCCUUCAAGCAUCGCUCCUAUCCGGCAGACACGAGCCGUGGAAGUGUUGAAAUGGAUCACGAUACGCCUUCAGACUCCUCCUCACAAUCCUUGACUUCUGGAUCAUCAUCCCCAUCUUCGUUUCUUGGAAACUCCGAUUCACAACCUACAGCAGUUUUGGACUCGACCUCUCUGCUUGCCAUUCUGACUGUCUACAUACGUGUGCUACGACUACAUUUGGUGAUAUUUGCCAAUGUUUAUGACCUGCUCAAGGAGACCUCCGAAAGUGACGACCGAGUACUAUGUCCAGUCCCUGGUCUGAACUUCAGCUCUUUUCCAAUACAAUCUGGCAACCUCCAAACAAUCAUUCUCAUCCAGAUUGUCACCAGCCUUUUUGAGCGCUUAGAGCCACUUCUGGGCCUACCGCGUGAGUUUCGCAUUGGAGAUAGGGAUUCAGAGGCUCCUGGUCUAUUUGGUCAACAAGGUUUCAUGAAGACAGCCGUUUCUAUCAUCGGAAACGAGGAAGCGGGGGCCUCGGAUCGUGGUAAAGGUGGCGUAAAGGCGCUUCGGUGGCAUAUCAAAAAGGCAAAGCAGCUCCUGAAAGAAAGCAUCGCCCCUUAGAUAAGAAUAGUGCAAUGCAGAAUGCAUGGAAGCGGCCCGAUGAUCCUAGAAUACAUCUGCUCGGCCGGUUUCGAAUUGCCUCCUCAA